AUGGCGAUGCUAGCCCCCAAAACGAUAGCCCCUGCGCUGGUGGACAAAGAGCUGGCACGACUUACAGCCACGCCGCUGUCUCCAGAGGUUGAGAGUACACCACUCCCCGCCGGAUUCCACCAGCUAAAGUUCACUUUGUACGACGGUAAGAUGGAUCCGUACAUGCAUGCCGUGGAAUUAGGACAAUAUGACAUCAAGUUCCGACCACGCACCGCAAUCAAGGCUCAAGCACUUGCUGACUUUGUGGCGGAAUUUGCCCCUGGGAUGCAUCCAGUGUGCCCGAUUGAUUUGAUUGAUGCGGAUUUAGCACAACCCAUGGUUCUGGCAACAAAAACAAGUGUUGGUUCGCAAGUAGGAAAAGGGACGAGCACGACCGAACUAACAAAGUCUGGCGAUGAUGAACCCAACCAAGACAAGGAAAGAGACCAGAAUGAACCGAUCAGAGACUUGGAAUUGAGAAGCUCCCAGAACCCCUCUGAUUGCUGGAAGCUGUUUAUUGGCGAGAUGUGGAAGCUCUUCGUUGAUGGGGCAUCCAACAGACAUGGGGUCGGGCUGGGCAUCGUGCUGAACUCACCGGACGGGCUGGUCAUCAAGCAGGCAAUUACACUCGGCUUCCCAGCAUCCAACAACGAGGCUGAGUAUGAAGCUCUCCUUGCCGGGCUAAGAAGCGCACUAAGAAUGAAAGCGUCGGCCCUGAUAGUGUUCAACGAUUCCAAGCUGGUGGUCAAUCAAGUCUCAGGGGAGUAUGAGGCCAGGGAUGAAAGAAUGGCCAAGUAUCAGGCGCUGGUGCGUGCAGAGAUCAAAAAGUUCGAUGCCAUAAGGGUAGAGCAGAUCAACCGCGAAGGAAACAACACGGCUGAUGAGUUGGUCGGGCCCGCUUCUACUCAGACAGUUUUUCCCAACCCCUUGAUGAUAAAAUUUUUACCGCGGCCAAGUAUAGAAGAACCGGAAGUGGCCGAGCUACUUUGCACCGACUUGGGCCCUUCUUGGAUGGAUCCUAUCAUUGCCUUCCUAAAAGAUAGAAUUCUACCAGAAGAAAAGAAGGCGGCACACAAGAUCCGGGCAAAGUCAGAGCGGUUUUGGCUCUCCCCUUCCGGGGCCUUAUACAAGAAAUCUUUCACCGGGCCGUAUUUGAAAUGUGUCCACCCCACCAAGGUGGAGGCUUUCCUCUAUGAGAUACACAAGGGCAUCUAUGGAAGCCAUACUGGAGGCAGGUCCUUGGCUUACCGAGCAACUUCCCAAGGUUACUGGUGGCCGUGCAUGCAGGCGGACGCGCAGAAAUACGUUCGCCGGUGUGAAAAGUGUCAGAAAUUCGCUCACCAGAUCCACCAACCAGCUAGAGAUUUGCUCCCACUUUCAAGUCCUUGGCCGUUCGCGCUUUGGGGAUUGGAUAUUGUUGGACCACUCCCAGCAGCACCGGGCAAUUGCAAGUUCUUCGUCGCCGCCACCGACUAUUUCACCAAGUGGGUUGAGGCCAAGCCACUAGUGACCAUAAAGGAAAAGGACGUGAAGAAGUUUGUAUGGAAAAACGUCAUCACCCGUUUCGGUAUACCCAAGGCCCUCAUCUCGGAUAAUGGCACUCAAUUUGAUGGUAAACUCUUUCGCAGAUUUUACGAAGAGUUGAAGAUUGAGUUCUACAAUUCGACGUCAGCCUAUCCUCAAUCAAAUGGUCAAGCAGAGGCCUCAAACAAGACCAUCCUGGACGGGCUAAAGAAGCGGCUUGAGAAGGCUAAGGCGGUGGCAUUGGAGUUGGACCUUGCUGAAGAAAGGAGGGAGCAAGCAUUGAUCCACAUAGCGGCUUAUCAACAAGAACUCUCCAAAACGUACAACAAGGCUGUGCACCCCAGGUUGUUCGAGAUUGGAGACUGGCUUUUCUAUACCUUUAGCCUUCUAGCACUUGAUGUAAAAGAUAGUAAUGCUUUUGUAAUGAAAAAUAACCCUCUUGUUGUUUGGUAUUACAUCUUUGCACAAUGA